AUGAUAUCAAAAUUUAAAGAAAAUGGCCAGUUAAUUGGAGGUUAUAAUCCAUUAAGUUGGCAUCCUUAUAAUUCUUAUACUAAUAGCAAUGGAAGUUGGCAAUCUACAUCAGAUAGUUUCUUAUUUUCUUUUACAAGAAAGGAAGAAAUUAAUUCGGCAUUUUUAACAAGAGUUAAAAAUUCUGGAGUUUACGCAGUAUGUUAUGAUUCAAAUUAUGGGCCAGCUUUUGGAGACGGAUGGGAUUUAAUUAUAGAGCGUAAAAAAUUUAUUAGAACAUAUGGUUGCGGUACAUAUUCAGAUGUAUUUAAAAUUAUAAAUUGUGGUAAAGAUUAUAUUUUAGAAGAUUAUGAGGUACAUCAGGUAGUAAAAAAUGAUGAUAAAUAA